CGCCAGCUUGAUUCCUGGAUACAAAGCGUUGGUACACUGUUGCUAGGCGAAAUGCGAAAUGGACAGCUGUGUAUCUUAAUAUUUAGCAUUUUUAAAAAUGCAGCCUUUGUUGCAGAUGCAGAUAAAGGUUAUUUAAAUUUUUCCACAAACGCGACUGAAGCGUUGACAGAUAUAAAUGGAAUUUUCAAUAGCACUGAAACAGGGGAUAAUGCGACGACUCUUUUGCCGGGGCGGUCUGAAACUUCACCUACAGUUGUUGAAUCUAGUGAUAGCACGGUUUCUAAUGAAGCCACCGGGGUGACGGAGACCGUCCCCAGAAGUCUCAGUCCUGCAGAUGAUUCAAGUAAGACGCCGGUCAGCACUGGCACCCCUCCGACGGCAGUGCCCACAGCGCCGCCUUGGCGACCCCUGCCCGUCUCUGGAUUGCUUCCUCCUGCUGUUACGGACGUCUCCAGUGUGUGCCCGUGCAACGUCCUGCAGGACCGAUGUGACAUAAACUGCUGCUGUGACCCGGACUGCGGCGCGGAAACAGCGCUCUUCACCUCGUGCUCGGUGCAGCUUAUCAUCACUGACAAACAGAUGUGCAGCCUGGAUUCGGCUCGCUACUCGCUGAGUGCAGCGGGAGACGGACCGGCGCGGGUGCAGGCGUCCGUCCAGCAGGAGGCCAACGCGGACACCUUCUGCAUACACACAGCUAACUAUGAAGAGGGGUUGUCUUUCGGGAAUGUCGAGGUUCCCACCAAUGGCAACUUUGCCGGCCUUUUUCAGCGGUUUGUAGGGUUUUAUUUCAGUUUGAAUCCACCUCCACCUGACAAAGAAGAGUCACACACGGGGCCUGGAUACAUGUAUGGUGACACCAUCCAGACCGAAGACGAAACACGGAGGAGGUCUAUAUUCCGCCUGCCCGCCCCUGCGGGGACUGCCCACUGCUCUGACGCAAACCCGGCUGCAUUCCUCACAGACCAGUCCACCCAGUGCAUCCGCAGCUUUGCCCUGGUGCGGGAUUGCGCCACCCUGUCGGCCCUGAGCCUGCAGAGAUACGCCGGCUUCUCCGUGCUCUCUAUGAAAAAUGAUGGCAGCAAUGCGGUCGCCAUGGAGACAUCCUCCAUCAGCCUGCAGUCACUGGAAGGCACACGUACCCUCCUGGGGCCCAGUGACGGCUCUCUUUACAGCCCAGUUCUGCUGGAGCGGCCUGGCAGUGCCGAGACUGCAGUGUGUAACAAUGUGGUUCUGCAGGUUCGUUACAGGGUCACCUACAGUGAUGCAGGGACGAUAGUGGGCUGCAGUGCCUCCUUUGUCCUGGGAGCCGUCAACAGCAGCAUGCUGCCCAUCCAACAGGACUUCCAGAUUGUGUUUGUGCAGGACAGUGCAGCAGAAAUACCUUUCCCUUCAAGUGGAAAUCCUGGCUAUGUAGUUGGACUCCCUCUUGUGGCUGGAUCAAGGAUUGCUGAUGGCAUUGUCCAGAGUACCAACAAGAAGGGCAGUCUGACCCUCCUUAAGAGCUCUGCCUCUCAGGACUGCUUGGCAGAGUCCCUGCCUCGAUCCCCCGUCCUCUUCGGGGUCAACAUGGUGUCCGGCUGUACACUGAGACUGGAGGAUGCUGGGAACUGUUCCGUGGUUUCUGAGGUGCUUCUCAAGGUUCUGCGAGGUCAGGAGGUUCCACAGUAUGUGGCAUCGUUCGGGAACUCGCAGCCUCAGAUGGUCAUGGACUGGGUGCCAAUCAAAACACAAACCACGCCCACACUCACGCAGGGUUGCACCAUUCCUCUUUCUCGUGACAUCGAGGUGAGCUGGACCAAGUAUGGAUCCCUGGUGAACCCCCAGGCUCAGAUCGUGAAUGUCACAGAGGUCAUCCGAAGCAGCAGCAGCAGCAGCCUGCAAUCUCUCACAGGCGGAAACAGGAUUGUCUCCAUCUCCACCUCAGUCACCUUCGUGGACGUGUCCGCACCCCCCCAGCCAGGCUACAGGGCCCCUCCCAGCAUCGAUGCCAAGCUGCCCUUUGAUUUCUUCUUCCCCUUUGUUUGAGGGACGGGAAGGCUCUAGCCAGGAGGAGAAUUAGUAGCUAAACGCAGAUGAUGUCCUCCACCAUCUUCUUGCAUGUGACAGUUGAAUGUCAGUGGUUGUGUGCAUUUCUUAAGCAGACAGCUUUUUCCCAAAAGGGCUACUGAUUCACUAAAGGCAAGCUUUUGAAAGCAUCUGCUGGUUUUGUGCACUGACCCGCGGCUUCUAUAAACCAGCCAUGCGAGACAACCAUCAGGCGUUACGGCUGGUUACACAGCACCGAUUUCAGUGGUGAACCGUCAUGGUCCACUGUCACCCCCGUUGCAUUCUGGGUAUUUUAAUUUCAUUUAGUAAAAUUUAAAAUAACCAGGAUGAUAAAAUUCACCAUUGAUAAGGCAAACUGUUCUAAAUAUCCCCCAGUAUUGAGGAUUCUCCAAAUGUCUGCCAGAAAUUCCAGCCUCCUGGGUGAACGCAGGAGGUCUGAGCUGUAUUUACAGCUAAAUGUUAUAAGUCCUCAUAGCAACUGUAACUAUCUCUGGUUAAAGAUUUGCUGGUUUGUGGUUCUUAAACUUGUUUGCGCUACUGAGGUUCAUGUGUGAGAUUUCUGCUUUUAACUGAACAGGAAGCCAUAUAUCUAGAGGGACAGUGUUUCUCUACAUAAAUAACAGGUUAAUAAAGAGCUCUCCUCUCCUCUCAAAA